GAUCUUGCUAAUGAUACUAAUGGAAAUAACGUUUUUCUUCAUCAGACGCGGCGCAGAGAAGGUAGCAUGGUGAAAGUGAAACGUUUACUGAUCCUCCUGAACGUGGGGAUGGCCUUCCUGUGUCUCACGGCCCUUGCAAUCCUGAAGGAAAGGGUCACCUCCUCGUCUCAUUCCCGGGAAUUGGUUGAAUAUCACGUUCCUUUGAGAGAGGAUCUUGUUGCACUCCGACCGCAGGUUUCUUCAACUCGGCCGAUAUCUCUACGCAAGAUUGGGAACCCUGCCACGCUCCCCCAGCCCAGUGAGCGGGACUCAGCUUCGCUUUCCCAACCCCAGGACUCUGCCAUGUUCUCCGAGUUCGAGCCUCAGGACCCUGUUAAAUCGCCCCAGUUCGAGUCCACGUCCUCCCAGCUGAAACCUCGCGCCUCUGCCAUGUUGCUCCAGUCCGACGCUCAGGACCCUGUCCCACCCUGGCAGCCCUACACGGGAAUGAUGUCGAGAAAGAACCCAGUGUUGAUUUUGGGACGGCAGGGUGAGAUCCAGGAACAGCCCAUGGACCAGGGAUGCAGUAACAAGUUGGUUCUGAGGCCUGUGUAUCCGCGCAUUGUCAUCUACAACCGCGUUCCAAAAUGUGCGUCGGCGACCAUGUUGCGCAUCUGCAGAAGGUUGGUUUUCCUCUGGCUGCAAAGUCACGCGCCUUUUUAUCUGUUGAUCGAUUUAUCUCUAAUAUUGGCUAAUCUAUAUUCCAAAAUUCUUGCUGAGCUUCACCUAACAUCCCCUUAA